AUGGCGGAAGUAGACGUAGCCGGUCUAAGCGCCGGAACCACGCAUACCGGCGUGACUGGAGGCGGUAGCGUGCCCACUGCGCGACGGUACUCUCUAGGCAUUGUGCAGCCUGGCGGCGCGGGGGGAGAUGCCGGCGGCGCGAAGGUUCUGAGCGCAAAGUCGGAGCUUAAAGACGCGCUGACGGCGUUUCAGCAGACGUUCGUCAUGUGCGACGCGACGAAGCCCGACAACCCUAUCAUGUUCGCCAGCGAGGGGUUUUACCAGAUGACGGGGUACACGACCCAAGAGACUAUCGGCAAGAACUGUCGUUUCCUCCAAGGCGCGGAGACGGACAAGGCGGAGAUUGCGAAGCUGCGCGCGGCAGUGGCGGCGGGGGAGAGCUGGUGCGGCCGGCUGCUCAACUACAAGAAGGACGGGUCGCCCUUCUGGAACCUUCUAACCGUGUCGCCCGUUAAGGACGACAACGGGACGGUCGUUAAGUUUAUCGGCAUGCAAGUGGAGGUGACAAAAUACACGGAGGGCGCUAAGGACAAGGAGACCCGCCCCAACGCGCUGCCCGUUUCGCUAAUUAAAUACGACGCUGGAGGCGGAACAAAACUUGAGACGUCUCAAAAUCGUAUCCUUUCAACCCCCUUCCCCGCGCAGUAUCUGAGCUGGUGGCUGAAAAAGCCUCCUCUCUCCUCCCUUCGUUGCCCUCUCACAUUCCCCUUUUCCCCCCUCUUUUCCCCCAACUCUCGCUCUUCCCCCAACACAGCGCGCCAGAGGGAGGAAGCGGAGAGCACAGUGUCUGAGCUGGUGGCGGAGGUGGGGAACAAGUCGCUGCAGGCGGAAGGGGGGGAGGCGGAGGGCGGAACGCAGCCCCCCAAGGCGGAGGGGGAGGGUUCGGGGGGAGCUGCGGUGGGGGCGGACGGGAAGGGCAGUGAGAGGCGCAAAUCAGGGCUCAUGUCUCUGCUGUCCAAGAAGGAGCGUUCAGAGCCGGCAAUGGAGGCGGUGGAGGAGGAGGACGAGGGCGACCACAAGGCGAGGAGGGGUCUGGACUUGGCGACCACGCUGGAGCGAAUCCAGAAGAACUUUGUCAUCACGGACCCGCGCCUGCCGGAGAAUCCUAUUAUCUUUGCGUCAGACGAUUUCCUUGAGCUCACAGAGUACUCCCGAGAGGAGAUUCUGGGGCGCAACUGCAGGUUCCUGCAAGGACCAGACACGGAUCCCAAGACGGUGCAGAGGAUUCGAGAUGCGAUCAAGAAGGAGGAGGAUAUCACGGUGCAACUGCUGAACUACACCAAGUCAGGCAAGCAGUUUUGGAAUCUCUUCCAUCUGCAGGCCGUGCGCGACAACAAGGGCAUGCUGCAGUACUUCAUCGGGGUGCAGCUGGACGCCUCCCAGUACGUGGACCCCUCCAUUCUCGGGCUGCAGGAGAAGCUUGCAACCGAGGGAGAGAAGAUUGUGUUGGAAGCAGCCAACAAUGUGGAGGGAGCAGUCAGGGAGCUUGCUGACCCUGGUGCUGCCGCUGGGGACCUAUGGGCCGAGCACACGGCUCCAGUGGCCAUCAAGCCGCACAAGACUGGUGACCCUGCAUGGCAGGCCAUUCAGGAGGUGAUUAAGAAGGACGGAAAGCUCAGCCUGAAGCACUUCCGACCAAUCAAGCCUCUGGGCGCUGGAGACACGGGCAGCGUGCACCUUGUCGAGCUGAGGGACACGACGCGCCUCUUCGCAAUGAAGGCGAUGGACAAGGAGGUGAUGGUCAACCGCAACAAGGUGCACCGCGCCUGCACCGAGCGGGACAUUCUUGGGAAGAUCGACUUCCCCUUCCUGCCCACGCUCUACGCCUCCUUCCAGACCGCCACGCACGUGUGCCUCAUCACGGAGUUCUGCGCGGGGGGCGAGCUGUACGGCAUUCUGGAGAAGCAGAAGGGAAAGCGCCUGCCUGAGGCUGCUGCGCGUUUCUUCGUUGCUGAAGUGCUGCUGGCGCUGGAGUACCUGCACUGCCAAGGAGUGGUGUACCGUGACUUGAAGCCAGAGAACGUGCUGGUGCAGGAGUCAGGCCAUGCCAUGCUCACCGAUUUCGAUCUCUCCUUCAGCACCGAGUGCAAUCCUAAGCUGGAGUUCCCUCCGGUGCCCCCAGAUUUCGAGAAGCGCAAGAAGAAGGCGGCGCAGGUGGGGUGUGGCGGCGCCACCAAGGGCCCGUCUCCUACCGAGCUGGAGCUGGAGCUGCUGCCCGUGCUCGUGGCCGAACCAGAGGCCACUAGCAACAGCUUUGUGGGCACGGAGGAGUAUAUCGCCCCGGAGAUCAUCAGCGGUACGGGGCACAGCAGCCCCGUCGACUGGUGGACGUUUGGAAUCUUCCUGUACGAGCUGCUGUACGGUCGCAGCCCCUUCCGUGGGCGCAACCGCCAGCGCACCUUCACCAACGUGCUCACCAAGGACCUCGCCUUCCCUGCUAACCCCCCGGUGUCAGACGAGGCCAAGGACCUGAUGCGCAAGCUGCUGCAGAGGGACCCGGCGGACCGCCUGGGGGCGAAGCACGGUGCCAUUGAGAUCCGAUCACACCCCUUCUUCAAGUCCAUUGAGUGGCCUCUCAUUCGUGACAUGAAGCCCCCACAGCUGGAUGUGCCAGUAAAGGCAAUCUCAGCAGAGGCAGAGGAAGGCCGACCGUCGACAGCAGAGGAGGAGAUGGACUGGGAUGAGAACGAGGCCAGGCCGUCCACUUCGCUUGACUACGGCUACUGA